AUGCAAAACAUGUUUUCAUUAGAAGAAAGUUUCACGAUCGUCAAAUUAAUAAAAAAGUCGAAACUAAGUUUCACAAGUUCCUUGAAAGUCAUAAAAAACAAGAAUCAACUCAGUCGUGCUAUCGAUCAUUGCUUAGCUUUCACUAUUGCCUCUUAUGGACAGGAAGAAUGCUCAAGAAUUUUAAAUGAGAAAUUGCAGAUUGUUACAGAAAAUUGA